AUGGAACAAGAAGCUUAUGAGGAAUUGGACGGCAGCGGUGAUGAUGGCGACGACUUUGAGGAUGCUGCGGCCGCCGCGAGACACGGCGGUGGCAGUGGCGGCCCCCGGGGCCGCCGCGGCGGUAGCGGCGCCGCCGCCAAUGGGCCAGCACGUAAGCGCCCCCGCACCGCAGCACACCAGCAGGCUGGCAGAGACGGGUACGAUGACGACGACGGCGGCGACAACCUAAGGGGCGCUUCCGAGCCGUCGUCAGAGGAGGAUUCUGGCGGAAGCGACCCGGAAGCUAGCGAUGACGGCGACGGCGGCAGGGCUGGCAAGCGCCGCCAAGGCGCUGGCGGAGGCGGCAGUGCGGGAGCGAGAGGACGCGGUAAAGCCAGGGGUCGCGGCGGCGGCCCCGCCGGCGGCGGAGCGUCAAGUCGGGGUGGCCGCGGCCGUGGGCGGGGCAGCGGAUCAGGGGUGGCAGCCAACGGCGGGGGUGGUGGCGGCGGCGGAAGAGGAGCCACGCCGCGAGGAGGCCGCGGAAGAAGCGGCGGCGGCGCUGCCGCCGGCCCCUCCAGCAUCGCUCCUUCCAGUCAACGCCCCAGCCGCGGCGGCGGCGGCAGUCGUGGUGGUGGCGGCGGCGGCGGCAGCAGACCGAACAGGAAUCCCAUUCAGCCGCGCUUCGAUGGUGACGAUGGAGAGGAUCCGGCUGCAGCUGGCGGUGGCGGCGGCGGUGGCGGCGGCGGUGGCGGCGGCGGCGGCACUCCGCAGCGGCGGCGUGCGUACAUGGCCCCGGCGGUGCCGCUGGAUAUCAAUGCUGAGGAGCUGGCCAGGAUGAGACGGCUGGUGAAGCGCUAUCGCGACGAGUGGGAGGCAGUCAAAGAGAAAUGCGAUGUGUGGCGCGAUCUAAGCGCGGCGGACAAGGAGGCUCUGGCGGGGUCCGUGCUGCGAUACAUGCUGUUUUCCGCUCGCGCCAAGCCUAGCCACCCGGUUCCUCGCGCCAAGCUCAAAGACGCCGUGAAGGCCGUCCUGGGAAACCACAAACAUUACAAAAAGAUGGGCUCCGUCUGGCUACCCUGGGCGCGCCACAAAGCCAUCAGUGCUCUCGGGUACGACAUUGCGGAGGUCGUACGGCCGCGGGGCGGCGGCGGCGUUGCGGAGGGAGCGGCGGCUUCGACAUCGGCAGUGGCGGCCGACAAUGGCGGCGAAGGCGCCCAGUACUUUGUACUACGUACGGCACUGCCGACGGCGCUUCGUUGCGAGUUCAUUGGCGGCGGUGCGGGCACGCAGCCCGAAGAGGCCGUCCGGAUGCUGGUAUUGGCGCUCAUCCUACAGAACAGCGGUCGCCUGCAGGAGGACGAGCUCCACCGCUACCUGGUUAUGGUGGGUUUUCCCCCGGACCGUGGUCAGCCGCACCCCCUGCUGGGCUUCUUCGACGACCUGAUCAAGCGGAUGGGGGAGCAGAGGUACCUCACGAUGGAGAAACAGACACAAGCUGACGGCAGCGCCACUCACUUGCUGACGUGGGGCGAGGCGGCUCACAGCGAGAUGACCAAAGAGCAGCUCACGAACACAUUGGAGCCGUUCUUCCUGGCUACUGAGAACCAGGAGGGCGAGGAGGAGGGCGGGGGGGAGGAGCAGUAG